GUCCCUUCCAGCUCCCGGAACGCCGCGGUGCCGCCACGGUCUCCCCGCUGGAAAAAUCCACAUAAACGCCUCUGGAACGCUUGGACGGACAUCGGGAAGCAAAAAUGCGCCCGAUGCGGAUCUUCGUCAACGACGACCGGCACGUGAUGGCCAAGCACUCGGCCGUGUACCCCACGCAGGAGGAGCUGGAGGCCGUGCAGAACAUGGUUUCCCACACGGAGCGAGCGCUCAAAGCCGUCUCCGACUGGAUCGACGAGCAGGAGAAGGUCAGCGGGGAGCAGCCGGAGUCGGAGUCCAUGGAGACGGCGGCCGAGGAGGAGAACAAGGAAGGAGGGGAUCAGAAGGCCACGGAGCAGCUGACGAGGACCCUGCGGGGCGUGAUGCGCGUGGGGCUGGUGGCCAAAGGCCUCUUGCUCAAGGGGGACCUGGACCUGGAGCUGGUCCUGCUGUGCAAAGACAAACCCACGGCCAAGCUCCUAGAGAAGGUGGCCGACAACCUGGGGGUGCAGCUGGCGGCGAUCACCGAGGACAAGUAUGAGGUCAUCCAGUCUGUGGGCGACGCCGCCAUCGUCAUCAAGAACACCAAGGAGCCCCCGCUGAGCCUCACCAUCCACCUGACGUCGCCCGUGGUGCGGGAGGAGCUGGAGAAGCAGCUGGCCGGAGAAACGCUCUCAGUCACCGACUCCCCGGACGUUCUGGACAGGCAGAAAUGCCUUGCUGCCUUGGCGUCUCUGCGCCACGCCAAGUGGUUCCAGGCCAGGGCCAACGGGCUGAAGUCGUGCGUCAUCGUCAUCCGAGUGCUGCGGGACCUCUGCACCCGCGUCCCCACCUGGGCCCCGCUGCGAGGAUGGGUAAUUCAUUCCCUCCCUUCUCCCGUUCCCAGGGGGGUGGGAAAGGGGGGCUGGCGGCGUUUCUCCUCUUUCCCGAGUUUCCAAGGCACAUCCCCCUUUCCCAAGUCGGGGGUUUCUACGGAUGAGCGACGGGUCCGCCCUUAA